AUGCAUCUGAUGUACACCCUCGACGCCCAAGGCAACCGCCUUUACACCUUGAAGAAGGUCGCUCAGGGCCAGGUCACCAAGUCUGCCCACCCUGCCCGUUUCUCUCCCGACGACAAGUGGUCGCGCCAGCGCGUUACUCUCAAGCGCAGAUUCGAGCUUCUCUUGACUCAGCAGAAGGAGGAAUAA